UCUCUCUCUCUCUCUCUAGCUGUCUUCUCUUUCAAUUAAAGCAAAAUCUUGAGAAAGAAACAGAAAUAACUCUCAAAAAGGGAUACCGGAGAAAGAAGUUGGUGAGAAGGGAAGAAUACACAGAAAGAGAUUUUGAGGAAGAUUACCAUGGCUGGGGAAAAUUUGCAGGUGCUUAAUGCGCUCGAUGUAGCAAAAACACAAUGGUAUCAUUUCACUGCAAUCAUUGUUGCCGGGAUGGGUUUUUUCACAGAUGCAUAUGAUCUCUUCUGCAUAUCUCUUGUCACCAAAUUGCUUGGCCGCAUAUACUACCAUGUUGAUGGUGCAGCAAGGCCUGGCAGUUUGCCUCCCAAUGUGUCUGCUGCUGUCAAUGGUGUGGCAUUCUGUGGAACUCUAUCGGGGCAACUCUUCUUUGGCUGGCUAGGUGACAAGUUGGGACGAAAGAAGGUCUAUGGUAUGACUCUGAUGCUCAUGUGCCUCUGCUCUGUUGCUUCAGGCCUUUCCUUUGGCAAGGAUCCAAAGUCAGUCAUGGCCACCCUUUGCUUCUUCCGCUUCUGGCUUGGGUUUGGCAUUGGUGGUGAUUACCCGCUUUCUGCCACCAUCAUGUCCGAAUAUGCUAACAAGAAGACUCGUGGUGCCUUCAUUGCUGCCGUGUUUGCCAUGCAAGGAUUUGGAAUUUUAGCAGGUGGCAUCUUUGCAAUUAUAGUCUCAUCUUCAUUUGAGGCUAGGUUCAAGGCUCCAGCUUAUGAGGUUGAUCCAAUUAGCUCAACUGUUCCACAAGCAGAUUAUCUUUGGAGGAUCAUUUUGAUGGUUGGAGCACUUCCUGCCCUACUCACAUACUACUGGAGGAUGAAGAUGCCGGAAACUGCUCGUUACACCGCCCUUGUUGCCAAGAAUGCAAAACAGGCUGCAGCAGAUAUGUCAAAGGUUUUGCAGGUUGACAUUGAGGCAGAACCACAAAAGAUUGAGCAGCUAACUGAGAAACCAGCCAAUGCAUUUGGUUUAUUCUCUAAGGAGUUUCUUCAUCGCCAUGGGCUUCACUUGCUUGGUACGACAACCACAUGGUUCUUGCUUGACAUUGCAUUUUACAGCCAAAAUCUAUUCCAAAAGGACAUUUUUAGCGCAAUUGGUUGGAUUCCUGCACCAAAGACUAUGAAUGCAAUUGAGGAGGUCUACAGAAUUGCAAGGGCACAAACCCUUAUUGCCCUGUGCAGUACUGUCCCAGGCUAUUGGUUCACAGUGGCUUUUAUCGAUAAGAUGGGAAGAUUUGCUAUUCAGUUGAUGGGUUUCUUCAUGAUGACGGUGUUUAUGUUCGUCCUGGCCAUUCCUUACAACCACUGGACUCACAAGGACAACCGAAUUGGGUUUGUGGCAAUGUACUCCCUAACUUUCUUCUUCGCCAAUUUUGGACCCAACGCAACAACAUUUGUUGUGCCAGCAGAGAUCUUCCCAGCAAGGUUGCGGUCUACUUGUCAUGGCAUAUCAGCUGCAUCAGGAAAGCUAGGGGCAAUAGUUGGGGCUUUCGGGUUCUUGUAUCUGGCUCAGAACCAGGACAAGGCCAAGGCAGAUGCAGGGUAUCCAGCAGGUAUUGGGGUUAGGAAUUCUCUGAUUGUGUUGGGUGUGGUCAACUUCUUGGGAAUGUUAUUUACAUUCUUGGUGCCCGAAUCAAAGGGGAAAUCUCUGGAGGAGAUGUCAGGUGAGAAUGAGGAGCUAGAUGAAGUUGGAGCAGCGCCUGUGCACGACAACAGGACGGUUCCAGUUAUGUAGAUUGGUUUUGUAUGAGUUCUUAGCGUAAUACUGUUAAGGACAAAGCUCCGAGGUCCAUCUUUAUCCUAGCAUAUUGCUGUUUGGGCAAAUGCUGUAAUUGCACUAUGAUGGAAGUUUUAGUAGUUCUAGUUUUUCUUCUGUUUGCUGCAGUUUGGACAAUGCAGUGAAUAACCUUAUGGAGCAAAAAAAUAAAAUUUCGUUUCGAUCCCAUGAAAUGUUGGAAAAUACAUCCAAAUUCUUAGUUUUCAAAUUGUGCUAGAAUAUUUUGAGAUGUCUAAGUAUGUUUUGGGAUUUAAAUUCGA